GUACCAGACAAUACACGCCAUAGAGUUAUGAUUUAAGGCUCAUGUAUCAACUUGAUCCUUGUUUAGUUUACUGGAAUAUAUCCCCACCCCCUCUCUUGUGCUCUUCAUUUCCGAUAUUCCUUGUAAAUUAAGGCAGCAGUUUCACAAGAACUGAUACCAAAAGUAUUUCGCUGUGUGAAACGGUUCGGGCUUGAUUCUAACAUUCAUAAUCUCUGUUUUCGGGAUCACUGCAAAGCAAAUGCUGCAUCACAAACAUCUUCUGUGUCCAAAGUUUUCCAUGAAGCUGCCAUUCAUGCCACCAUCAGUGAGUGUGUAAUGCACUAAUCCGCAAUAGUAGGGCAGAAAUUGAAGGAGGAAACGAUGGCUAAAUCACUACCCAGUGAGCUCAAGCUGGUUCUGUGGCCCUGGACUUCCCCUCACAUGACUCCUCUUACUCAAUAUUCAUAUAUUUUUUUAGUUCUUCUCUGCACAUGCAAUCAUAGUAAAGAAGGAAGGCUGGGAGUAAGCAGUAGAUCAGACACGGUGUGAAAUAAGUGGAAAAUCGGUCGGUUUUAGGAGUGGAUUUACCAUUGGGGUUUUAAAAAAAUCAUCUGUUGAAGGUUGAGUCAUUUUGACAGCUGUCAAAGCCAAACGAAGAUUCUUCAGAGACUCUCCUCAUGGCGUCCAACAUCACCACCACCUCCGGGCACUCCCCCUCCGCCUCGUUCUCUCUGCCCAUCACUCCCUCAGCUCAGGUCGGCAUCACCAUCCUAACCCUGGCGUUCGUGCUGGGCUUCCCCGGGAACCUGUUUGUGGUUUGGUCAGUGCUCUGCUGGGUGAAGAAGCGCUCAGUGACCUGUUUGUUGGUGCUGAAUCUGGCUGCGGCGGAUGCAUUAGUGCUGCUCAGCGCCCCUUUCUUCCUGCGCUACCUGGCUGGAGGCCGGGGCUGGGAGUUUGGCUCAGCAGCAUGCAAGCUGGUGCACUACCUGUCGAGUGUGAACAUGUAUGUGUCCAUUUACCUCAUCUGCCUGAUGAGCAUGGACCGCUGGCUGGCCGUCACCAAGCCUUUUGUGUCCCAGAGAAUGAGAACCAAGCGCUCUCUCCUGGUUCUUCUGAUGGCUGUCUGGACGUUAGCGUUCAUCUUGUCGCUGCCGAUGCCUUUCUACCGCAGUAAUCUGCAGAAGGUACUGCCAAACAAUGUCACUUUGAAAUUUUGCAUCCCAUACCAUUGGGGUAGCGUGGGUCACAAGGUUUUCCAGUACCUGUUUGAGACCUUCAUGGGCUGCCUGGUGCCUUUCUCCCUCAUCACCACCUGUUACUCCUCCGUCAUCUGCCGCCUGCAAAGCGCCAAGUUCAAAAGCAGAGCGAAAAGCAGCCGCCUCAUCCUGCUGAUCAUCUGUACCUUUGCAGUAUUCUGGCUGCCCUAUCACAUCGUCAACGUCAUAGAGGUGGUCGGUUUGUUGCAGGACAGGAAAUCAGUGAUCCUGGCAGCAAAAGCGGCCCGUCCAAACGUCACAGCCUUCGCAUACUUCAGCAGUGCUGUCAACCCCAUUCUCUACGCCUGUGCUGGCAGCUCCCACAUCCGCCACGCCGGCCUCAGCUUCAUGGGCAAGCUCUUCGAGGCCACCUACUCGGAGAGCAGGAGUACGUCUACCUUCACCCGCAGUGGCCGAACCAGCAGCUCUUCACCGGACGAGAGCUCUGUCCUGCAGACGUUAUCUGUCAAACUGGGGAGGCCCUUCAAAGGCAGGAACAGGGACAAGAGCGGCAGCGUGCCAGGCUAUGAGGUCGACGAACCUGAACUCAAAACUCUGGCCACUGUGGGCACUGAGCAGAGCAGCGAUUAAGCUCUGCUGCAUUUUCUUUGGACUGCUUUUCACUUGGACUGGCACAAAAUUUUGUGCAGACAUUCAUGUUGUCCAGAUGUUGAUUGACGUUGAUGAUACCUUGACCUCUAGAGCCAUGAAGUUGCCAUGUACAACCAUUGGACAGACUGCCAUAAAAUUUGGUACACACAUGAAAGUUUCUUUUAACAUCUCUAAUUUGUCCAGUGCUUUGGUGUAUAGCCAAACUUCUGCCACGCCACUGGCUUCGGCAUGAGCCUCAGCUAACUAUCAAAUGUUAACAUGCUAACACGCUAAGCUAAGAUGGUGAACAUGGUAGCGAUUGUACUUAUUUAACAUCAGCAUAUUAGCUCUGUCAGUGUGAGUCUGUUAGCAGGCUAGCAUUUACGUUACCAUGUCAGUAAAGCCUCACACAGUUGCUAGCUUUUAUAUGACUUCUAGCAAUGUAAUGGUCUAUUUUGUUUUAAGCCUAUAAAAAAAAAAGUUUUGACUUUGCAUGGUAGUGAUUUUUAAAAAUAUAUAUCAUAAGAGUUAUAAUCUAAGAUAUGUAAAUUAUAUAUAUUUCCCAUUUUUUAUUUAAUAGUAAUGUGUAUGAUCAUUUGUAGUCAGAAACAAAAGACAAAAUUAUUAAUUUAAUAACUUUUUUUAAUAAAACAUGCAUCUUUUUCCCAAAGGA